AUGUCGCUCAGACCAGACGACAGGUCUUCUCGACACAGAGACAGAUCUCGCUCGCGUGACCGUUCGCGGUCUCGAAGCAAUGUCCGCGCGCCAGAAACCACGAAGGCCUCAUCUCCGCCCUCGAACACACCGUAUGGCUACUCCGCUCCACCUCCCGGGUCGUUCGACGAGGCUGGUUCACCGAAAUACGAACUAAGAUCACCCGCUACUACUGGAGCAGAGCGGUCUGACUACUUCCGUCAAGCACCGCCCGCAAGGACGAGCACGUAUCCGCAGCCGUCAAGCCAUUCCAGCGUACCCUAUCCGAUUGAGGACGAUCCAUACGAUGGCCCGCAGGACUACAACACCUACACCCGCUCGAAUACGCUCCCUCGGAUGCCAGCGAUGCCGGACGACGACUUUAUCGACUUGGCCUAUGGGAAUGAUUCACCGCCCAACGGCAGCCGGACUCCCUCUUACAGCAGUCCCUACCCUCCAGGAAGGCCUGCCGAACCGUAUCCGCCAGAGAUCUCUAGAUACCCGCAACGGCCUGAGUUACCUAUUAGUCAGUCAAGGACUUCAUCAUAUACCCGGGAAUAUGGCCAAUCUUCACGGGAAGCGGCGUACCCGCCGAAGCCACAGUAUGAUGAACGCAGGCCUGAACCCGAGGGACGGGCUCGUGAUCUACAGCGAGAGGAGGUCCGACGGAGUUACUCAUACGAUUCACACGGUCGAGAUGCCAACAUCGUCGACAGAACGCCGGCGCGGGAGAAGACGGACUCCAAAUCAAAAAGUGUCCGGCUUUCCGUCGAUACUCGCUCCGGCGGUCUCGAUGCUCCACGCUCUCCGGGUCUGACAGCACGAACGGAUCGACUAUCCGUCAGUGGCAAUCGACCAGACCUCUCAGGUCAAAGCGACCUACCGCCACCCAGCCCGCUUCUCGAAGCAUACCACGGCACCUACCAGCAGCUCUCUCCCAUGCCAAUGGCACUCAGGCCAACCAACGACGAUGACGAACUGGACGCUCUCGAGCCACUAUCUCCUCAAAUGGUCCGCGGCAGCAAGGACAAACUAGCCCAAGACGCAGAGAAGAAGAAAAAGAAAAGCGUCAAAGUCGACGACUACGAAGAAGACGCCAAACGGAUCUCAAAAGCUCUACGGGGCACAAAGCCAGACACCGACACCCUCUGCGAGAUCCUUCCAGGCCUGACCCACGAUCAAAUUAUGCACGUCCGGCGCGAGUACCGGAAGCAGGUGAAAAUUGCAGACCGGAGCGUCAAAAUGCCCAACCACUUGAAGAUGAAACUCUCUGGCAACUUUGGCAAAGCCGCAUACGUGACUGCGCUCGGUCGCUGGGAGAGUGAAGGAUACUGGGCGAACUUCUUUUAUCAAUCGCACAACUCUCGUCGAGAACUGUUGAUUGAGAGUCUGAUGGGUCGGACGAACCGCGAGAUCCUGGAGAUCAAGGAGGAGUUCCGGGACAAGCGAUACGCUGACGACCUGGUGAAGUGUAUGGAGAAGGAGCUGAAGAUGGAUAAGUUCCGUGUCGCCGUGCUGAUGGCGCUUGAGGGGCGGCGGCAAGAGGAGCAGGAUGUUUAUCCGCAGGAAUACAAGAACCGCGAUGUCGAGACGUUGCAUAAGGCGCUCACCGCGAAGCAGGGCGGGGAGAGUGUGAUGCUGGAAAUUAUUGUGCGGAGGAGUGAUGCGCAUCUGCGAGAGAUGAUGAAGACGUAUGAUCGGAUGUAUCAGGAGAACUUCCCGAGGGCGGCGUUGAGGAAGAGUAGUAAUCUUGUGGGCGAGGUCAUAGCCCACAUUCUCAACGGCGUAAUCAACAAACCCGUCCGCGACGCCCUACUCCUUCGACACGCCAUCAAAGACAUUGCCGAGAAGAACAAAGAUGACGAGCUACGCUACGAAUUGCUGAUCUCGCGGCUGGUGCGGUUACAUUGGGACAAGCCGCAUUUGUCGAAGGUGAAGCGCGAGUACUUUCAGAAGUAUGCGAAGCACCUUGAAGUGGACAUUGAGGAUGCCACAUCGGGCGAAUUUACGGAUUUCAUGUGGGAGCUUUGUAAGACGGAUAAAAAGUGA